GAUGUGAUGCAAGCAGGAGAGAGUCGACACCACAAAGAGCUGAUGGAUCUGCAGAGUAAACUGUCCUUCGAUGAGCCCAUCAACAUCCAGUUCACAUCAGGGACUACAGGGAGUCCAAAGGCAGCAUGUCUUUCCCACCACAACAUUGUAAACAAUGCUUAUUUUUUGGGUCUUCGAAUGGGUUAUGACUGGAGACCUCAGGUGCGAGUGUGUGUGCCUGUACCCAUGUACCACUGCUUUGGCUCUGUGGCUGGAGGGAUGAGUAUGGCAGUACAUGGCAUCACACUGGUCUUCCCUUCCCCUGGCUACAACAGCCGAGCCAACCUAGAGGCCAUUCAGAGUGAAAAGUGCAAUUUUGUCUAUGGCACUCCCACAAUGUACACUGACAUGCUCAGCCAACCAGAUUUACACAAGUACGAUUUGUCAUCAGUUGAAGCUGGUCUCAUGGGAGGUUCUCCAUGCCCUCCUCAGAUUGUGAGAAGACUGAGAACAGACAUGAACAUGAAAGAAAUAACGUUAGCUUAUGGAACCACUGAGAACAGCCCCGUAACAUUUCUGGGAUUCCCACAAGACAACGAGGACCUGAAGAUAAAUACUGUUGGAUGUAUCAUGCACCACACUGAGGCCAAAGUGGUGGACCCUACUACUGGGGAGAUUGUCCCUCUGGGGGCCUCAGGAGAGCUGAUGAUCAGAGGCAGCUGUGUGAUGCAUGGAUACUGGGACGAUCCGGAUAAGACCAGAGAGGUUAUCUCCCAAGACCGCUGGUACAGGACUGGUGACACGGCCAGUCUGAACAGUCUGGGAUACUGCCGCAUUGAAGGACGCAUAAAGGACACGAUCAUCCGAGGAGGGGAGAACAUCUACCCUGCUGAGAUAGAGCAGUUCCUUGCUACACAUCCCAAAGUUCAGGAGGUGCAG